AUUGAACAUUAUCUAAGUUCCAUAAAAUUACAAUCGUUUACAGUAUUUGCUAUUUAUUAUACUACAUACUCUAUGAUCUUUUAACACAACUUAUUAUUGAUUCCAGUUUUACUUGCGUAUCUUCUGAUUGUACUUUUGAUCUGUGGUAGUUUUGCAUCUGACACUUAAUCGCGCUACUUAUACGAUUUCAGUAAGUCAUUUAUUUUCUUGUUAUUGAACACAUCACACCUAAUAUAAUGAUAUUAUGUUUUUAAUACUAAAUAUAAAUCCAGAUCGAGAUAAAUAAAUAUUAAAUUCCAAGUGAACAUAUAAUACUUAAAUUGGGUUUGAUACCUACCCAACCAAUGGUGUUAAUAAUUUCUCUCAUAUUUCCCAAAAGAAAUUUGAUACUAACGUUAUUGUGGCAGUAUGCUUGAUAUUUAUGUUUUUAAAUUGCGACACAAUCUUGAUUGUUUUACCAUAAACACUAAAAUAACCCUUCCAAGGAAGUUCUCUGUGAUGUAUAAUAUUGUGCAAUAUUUUUGUUUCAAUAAUUUUAUUACAGAAAUGUAUUCGUAUUUUCUAUAGGUAACUAAUAUGUUCAACUUGUAUGGUAAAAUAAUUGUUUGUUCAGGAGCUACGUUGUCUACAAUGUUGUUAUAAUCUACGCUGUCAUAAUAUAGUAUUUGAAUACCUACCUGGCUUAUGUAAUGUGCAUUUAAACAUUUUAUGUAGGUAACCAAUAAUAACUAUUGUAGAAAUCGAUUAAUUAUUAUUUUCAUAAAAAUGAAUUUGGAUGCUUAGUAUUCAUAUUGCAUUUGUACUUGCCUAUUUUAAAAUGUGUCAAAUAUGUCUACAUAUAUAAAUAUUAUAAUUUUUUUACAACAUCGUACAUUGACAGUGAAAAUUGAAUAGACAAGUGAUUAUUAUAAUUUAUAUUCAUAAUAAUAUGCAACUAUUUUAUCUAUAUUUUCCAUAGAUAGUUAAACAUUCAAUUGGUAUUUUAAGUUCUGUCGAAUUUCCUUAUUGUCACAAGUUACUACAAUUCUAAUAAGUAUGAUGUAUAAACUACGAAAUACACAUGACCUACAUAGGUGGAUUAGGAAGAUGCCCAAAUCGUAGAUAUUUGACCCAUAAACCUCUUAGUUUAAAUUUCUUCGUGAUAGGUACUUGCAUAAAAUAAACAUUUCUUUUUUAUCGUAGGUUAAUUUAGGUAGUAGUCUUUGUUUUGUGAUAAACUAUUACUAAUAUUUAUUAUGAUUCGUGGUUAUCUAUCUAAUUAUGUUUUUGAACAUUUUUUAAUUUAACUUGUGAUAUUGUUAAAGUUAUCUAUAUACGAUUUAUCUAUAUACUUGUAAGUGUAUUAAAUAUUUCCAAUCUUGUUGGACAGCAAUUGCAAAAUUAAAUAAAAUAAUAAUUUUAUAACAAAGUUAUGAAAAUUUAAAAUUUAUAUAAAAUUUAUUCUAAAUUCAACUCUUUUAAACAUAAAUUUUCUAUAGUUUUUGAGUCUUUAUGAAUUAUAAAAAUAUUUGAGUACGCUAUACAAAAGGGUAAUUUGUCAAUGUAUAAUUUAAAAAAAAAGAAAUAGAUAAUAAAAAGACAAUUUAAGAAUAUUAAAUUAUUUUCAGGUGCAGUGUAAUUGUCAAUCAUUCGGUUGAUAAAUAAUCAAAUUUUGCUUUGGAAUGAUGCCACAUUCAUAAAAAUGUAAAUAAUAUAAAUAUUAUUUUAACAGGUAUUUAAAUAAAAUAAUAAUAUUUAUUAAAUGUUUUAAAGUAUCCUUUUUUAAUUUUAAAUAUUUUUUUUUUAAUAUGAAAAUUGAAAUGUUAUACAGGACUUAAUAACAAAUGUAAUUCUUUUUUUUCUAUUGAAUAUUUUAUAGUUUUUAUUUUUGUAAUAAUUACUAGAGCUCUGUGCUAUAUUUAUUAUAUUUCAUUACUUCAUAACUAAAAAUAAAAUAAAAUAGUUUUUUUAAUUAAACAUUAAGUAGUUUUUUAAAAACAUUUUUACUACCCAAAAUAAAUAUUUAGACUUGCAAAAAAUAAUAUAAUUCAUAAAACUUUCAAACUUGUUUAAAAAUAAUUAACUGCACAACGAUUUUACUAAUUUAAAAACAUUUUUCUAAACAUUCAAUUUACACAUUUUAGAUUCUGAGCGAAGUGAUGAAUGUAUUGGUUUUACAAUGAUUUUUGUAUUUUAUCUGUAAACAACUUUUCUACUAGAAAUCUUCUUAGAAGAGAUUAUCGAAUUGUGUUUUUUGUUGUGAUUUAGCUUAAAAUAUUUGUAGAGACUCAUACUUCGAAUAAUUUUGUUUUUGUUUUUUGUUGCGAGUUUGAAAACAAUUAUCAACAUUCUUUCACUUAUUUGAUUGAUGUUCAUUGUUCGUCUUUUUUUUCUAUUAUAGGUAUAGAUAUUGUGUUUGUUUCAUAUAUAUAUAUAUAUAUAUAUCGGUUUUAGUGUCUCGUUCGAGUUCUGUCGUGACAACAGGACUUGAUGAUCAAAAAUGAGAUAAUUCCAUUUAAAACUGGACAUAUAGUAGCCCUAAAUUCUAAUAUCAUGUAUAAAACUUGGGAAAUUUUAAUCUUAUGUUUUAAAAUACCAUCUAGUUAGCUGGAUUAGUGUAUAUUUUGGUAAUCAUGUGUAUAAUUAUAAAAUUGCUUAUUGCCUGUGUUUAGGUAAUUAAGAUUUAUGAGAUGUUAGUUCCUGGUAUAAAUUUAUUAUUUAAUUAUAGAUUGUUUGAUAUUUCAAUAUUAUACAAAUUUAAAGAUUUAGCAAUAAUUAAUUAGUGUAACAUUUUUUUUUUUUUAGAUAAUUAGUUGAAAGUUCCACUUGAAUUUGAUCAUGCCUCCAACACCUUUAGAAGGUAAUCAACCCAACAUGAGUAAUGGAUUACCUCCAGACGGAUCUGUUUCUUUAUCCGUAUUGAUUGACUUCAUUGUACAACGUACUUAUCAUGAGCUCACUGUUCUUGCUGAAUUGUUGCCCCGCAAGCCUGACAUGGAGCGAAAAAUUGAAAUUUUUAAAUUUGCUAACCGAACACGACAGCUAUUUGUGCGAUUAUUAGCCCUUGUGAAAUGGGCUAAUAGUGCUUCCAAAGUAGAUAAAUCUACUCAAAUAAUGGGAUUCCUUGAUAAGCAGUCAAUGCUAUUCAUAGACACUGCAGAUAUGUUGGCUAGAGUUUCUCGUGAAACUGUUGUAUCUGCAAGAUUGCCUAAUUUUCAUAUACCAUCAGCAGUUGAAGUACUUACCACGGGUACUUUUUCACGAUUACCUGCUUGUAUUCGUGAGCGUAUUGUUCCUCCAGAUAAAAUCACUCCAGCUGAAAAACGUGAAACAUUGCUCCAGCUGAAUAGAGUUAUUCAACACCGAUUGGUUUGUAGUAAUUUAAUUAGUGAGAUGAGUUGCAAAAAGGUGGCCAGUGGUCGAGUAACAUUUCGAGUGGAAAAUGAAUUCCAAGUGUCCUUGACAUUGAUGGGUGACAAUCCAAAUAUACCUUGGCGACUCUUAGAUAUUGAAAUAUUAGUCGAAGACAAAGAAACUGGAGAAGGAAAACCAUUAGUGCACACACGUCAAGUACAGUACAUUCAUCAGGUUGUCCAAGCAAGAUUAUUAGAAUGUUGUAGUACAGGAGGAGAACCAUUGACUCAAGUUUAUAUGGUACUGCAUUAUUUUUGUCAAUCUUUGCAGUUGGAAGUAUUGUUUUCUCAAACCAGGUCUUUGUAUAAGGAUAGGCUUGAAGGACAUAUACAUAUAACAGAAUAUACUGCUGGAAAAUGUUUGGUUGUUUCAUAUUGGAGAGAACUAUCACGUAGUGUAUCUGAACAAUUUGGAUAUUCGUUGACAAUAUAUGUAGACGAUAAAGAGCCUAAUAAACCACUAGGUAUUUUGCACUCACCUUCUCUUGGUACAAAAGAUGCAGAGAUAACAGAAAAGUCAAUUGGUACGGAUUCAUUGUCAAUGGAAAGACUAUUGGUACAUACAAUUCAUGUGCGCACAAAAAUUCGUCUCUCUGAACUCAAAGUGGAAUUGGAAAAUUUAUUAAAGGACGUAGAAUGCACUCUGCAAGGGUCUCCUGCUAUUUUAUCAGUAGCAAUACUUAACCCUUGUUUACGAGCAGAACAAUUAUUGAUAACAGUUGACACACAUACCGGUAUGCUUCAAUGUCAUGUACCCGAAUUUAAUCCGCCUAGUAUGGCCGCACUACAACAAGCGCUAAAUAAUGAACAUAAUAAAGUACCAUUGCUUAUAAGUGAUUUAAGAUUUUGGAUUACUCAGCGUAGGUGUGAGACGACUUUACAACAUCUUCCUGGAACAGCAUAUGAACGAUUGCCUUUAUUACAUCACCAGGAUCAUCCUAUGUCGAAAAUAAGUCGUCAUCGGAUGUAUAUUAAACUACAUAAAAUUUCAAAUAUGAUAUUGAUUGUAGAGUUUGCUGAAAAUGAAAAGUCCCCUUGCAGAAUCGAGUAUAGAUUUUAUUUGGCAAAUGUAAAAAAGUCUUCAAUUGAAGAUAAUCCUAAUGACGAAUCUAUUGAGGUAGAUAUACCAAAAAUGUAUUUAAAGGUUUUGACUUUAUUAACAAUUGAAAAAUUUGUGGCGACACAUGGUCCAUUUACGUCUGUGUUUGAGGAAGAUCAAGAAAAAAUAGAUUUAAACAGCCGAAAGAGAGUUAUUGUACGACCGGACAAACCGAGAAAAUUACUUAAACAUCCAGCUUACUUUAUACCUGAACUCGCACACAUUGUAGCUUUGUGUGAUGAACGAUUACCGUUCACUGUACUUGCCCAAGAAUUGACUAAAUGUGGAAUCAGUAACCAAGGUGUUCAAGUUGAAGCAAAUGCUACAACUUUUGUUUUAAAAAUUUUGUCAUUGCCUCCUCCAUCAGGUAUUGAAGUGACCAAUUCCAAAUGGAUAUCAUUAUGUAAACGAGUUCUGUCCAUAUCUAUACGAGUAUACGGUAAAGGCACGACUCGAUGUUGGACAGCUGAAUACGUAUUCUAUGGAAGUCCUUUGCCUAGUAGACAUAGUAGAGAACAAGGAGCUCGACGACCGGUUUACAUUAACUACGAUGUCAGUGUUGCGGAAAACAUGUCAAAAACAGUUGAAACAAUCUUAAAUGAUUGGGCCCAAGUGGUACAUCUGUAUUUUUUGGUGGAAGAUUUGUCCCCUUAUUUACAAUCUGAAAAAAAUAACUUGGCAUCAAUGAUCAGUAUAAAGAGCUAUAAUUAUUUAAAACUUAUUAUAGGGUAUGGUACACAUAGACGUUCAACUGCCACUAUUCAAUGGAAUUCUACAAAUAAUAAAUUUAAUAUAGUAUUUGGUUCACUCAACAGUAGUAUUAACCCUCAUAACCUUAUUAAAGAACAAUUUGAAGGUUAUUUAAACAGCAAUAAAAAAUUAUCAUUGUUAAUACACGAAAUGCUCGAUACACUAAAUCCUCUUGGUGCUAUUUGUAAGCUACCAUCGAUACCACAACUUUGUGUACUGCAAGUCAGACCACAAGUACCAGUGAUCACAUUUGGAGUAGUUGCUAAUUCGACAAAUUUACUUAAAGUUAUUUACGAAGGGCAAUAUUGCUUAGAAAUUACAUUGCGGUGGGGUAAUUUGGUAAGCAUUAGAGAUGGAGCUUACAGUAGAUACGACAGAACUUCUGUAAUUUCAGAAUAUACACCAACACCUGGAUUAAAAGCAUUUUUGUCUAAAUAUGUAGAUGAGACAAAUGUGUUUAGACGGCGAUCUCAAUCUGAAGACGAUAACCCUCCUUCACCGAUUACCAUGGAUAAUGUAGAAGGUAAUUUUUUGAACUCAUCACAUAGAGGACCUCAGUCACCUGCACAAGGUUUACGAUUUCAUUCUGCCGGUAAUACAACACCAGGAAGUAAUCCACAUACACCAGCAAGUCCACAUCCUGCAGUUGGUGUACCUAGUAUGGGGCAAAAUCCUAACCAGCAAUUUAACAACAGUCCAGUUACUUCUUUUAACUUGGCAUCUCCACCAUCACUGCCAUCAGCUAUCAAUCCGUCACCUUCAAUGUUACCACAUCCUUCACCAGGUUCAAGUCUAUUAGCUAGUUCACCUUCUAAUCCUUUACAUGUUCCUAGUCCAGUUGGAAUGUUACCAAACUCAUCGCCGGGUCCUGGUUCUGGAUUUGGAUUGGGUUCUAGUACUCACCCACCUGAAGUAAGUCCUUUCCAAUCUCAAAGUAUGACAUCUCCUGCUGCGUCUAAUUGGCCUGGGUCUCCGGGCUUACCUCGUCUGUCUCCAGCAAGGGCUCAGGGACAAUCACCGGCCGGACAUUCAUUGCAAAGUCCUGAUCAAAAGACUGUAUAUGGCCACACUUCUAGAGUACUUCCUCAAAAAUCUUGGGCUGGAGCAGUGCCUACUAUUAUUACACAUGAAGCAUUGAACGCUUUAUGUACACCGACCACUCACCCUCAGGGGCUUCCUGCACCCAAGCAAUGUCCUCUGGAAAGGUUUUUAGGAUGUGUUUAUAUGAGGCGAAAUUUACAAAGAUUUGUUCAAACUGAAGAAAAUUUGAUUGCUUUGAGUUCCUCUGAGCCAGGUGUUGUAAAUUUCAAAGUAGAAACACUGCAAUGCAGAGCUUUUAUAAAUAUGCAACAUUUUCAGUCAUUACAUUUAAAAAUAUCUUGUAUCCCCGAGCAAAAAGACCCAUGGAAUGUCGAAGAAUUAAAUAUUUUAGAAAAGUUUUUUGAAACUAAAGUUGCAAUACCACCAUGCAAGCCAAAUACAUUACUUGGUUUUACUAGGAUGUUAAACUGUCCGUAUACAGUGCUUAAGGACUUUAUACAAAUAAUAAAAUUAGAAAUGAUUCCUGGACUUAUUCAACAACAACAAAUGAAAUGGACUGUUCAAUGGUGUUUGAGAAUACCGCCGUCAGCAACUCCAAUUGUACCCGUUGGUAAAGAAGCCCUUUUGAUUUGUAGAAAUAAAAUUCUAUUCUUUUUACAAAUCACCAGAAUUGGAAUGACAUACAACAGUAAUGAAGUGCCUUCGUUAGUUUUACCUUUAGUUUAUGAUACUGUUACUAAUCUCACACAAUUGGCUGAGAAAAGAGAUGCUGGUCCCGCAUCAGCAAUAUCAGCAGCUAGUCUUCAUAUGAAGAGAUUUGCUGAAUUUUCCCUUAACCACAAUGAGUGUUCCAUAUUUCCAGCUAUUAGAGAUUUAAUGACAAACUUUGUACUACCCUCUGAACCGCAGCCACAAAUGUCGCCAGCGUCCAUGAAUAUGCAUCCCCAAAUGACACCCGGUGGUCCAGUUCCAUCACCAUUAAUGGGUCAACACAUGAUGAAUCAAAAUCCAGGUAUGGUUGGACAAAAUCCCAAUAUGGUCGGUCCAAAUCCUAACAUGGUUGGUCCCAAUCCUAACAUGGUCGGUCCAAAUCCUAAUAUGGUUGGACAGAAUCCUAAUAUGGUUGGACAGAAUCCUAAUAUGGUUGGACAGAAUCCAAAUAUGGUUGGACAAAAUCCAAAUAUGGUUGGACAAAAUCCUAAUAUGGUCGGACCGGGUUGUAAUAAUUAUGGUGGUGUCCCAAUGUCAGCUAUGGGACCUCAACAUGGUAUGAUGCCUAAUCAUCAGUGACACAAAUCUUAUUAUUCGACGUGAAUAAUUGUCUAUCAAUGUGUUCUGUUAAGUUUCAUUGAUGAUACAUUUUUAAUGGGUAAAUGUAAUUAAUUUUGAUAAGUAUAUUAGUGGCACUCUAUAUAAUGUGCUACAUUAUUUAAUUAAUG